CGGUAAUUACUCCAACAUGGCCGAGGAGCGCGAGAAGAACGUGUAUAUCAGCAAGCUAGCCGAACAGGCUGAGCGUUACGACGAGAUGGCAGAUUACAUGAAGGCAGUUGCCGAGACCGGCACUGAGCUGAGUGUUGAGGAACGUAACCUACUCUCGGUUGCUUACAAGAAUGCCGUUGGAUCUCGCAGAGCUUCGUGGAGAAUUGUCUCUUCUGUUGAGCAGAAGGAGUCCAGUAAAGGCAACACCACUAACGCUGAGAUCGCCAAGGGUUACAGGGAAAAGGUUGAAGCUGAAUUGCAAGAGAUCUGCGAUAAGAUUCUCGGCCUCCUCGAUAAGUACUUAAUCCCUUCUUCCCAGUCCGGCGAGUCACAAGUCUUUUAUUAUAAGAUGAAGGGUGAUUAUUAUCGCUAUAUCGCCGAAUUCAGUUCGGGUGAUACCAAGAGCAAGGCUGCUGAUGAUGCCCAUCAGGCUUAUAAGGAAGCUACCUCCAUCGCUCAGAAAGAACUCCUCGUUACCCAUCCUAUCCGUUUGGGAUUGGCACUCAACUUCUCUGUCUUCUACUAUGAGGUGCUCAACCAGCCCGAUGAGGCUUGUAAGAUGGCCAGGCAGAGCUUCGAAGAUGCUAUAGCUGAGUUGGACAAUGUCAGCGAGGAUAGCUACAAGGAUUCUACUCUUAUCAUGCAACUCCUGCGCGAUAACCUCACCUUAUGGACCUCUGAUCAGGACGGUGGUGCUGAAGAUGGUGCCAACUAGGCAGUUUUCGAGGGUAAUGCUGGCUGUCAAAUGUUAUAUCAUGGCUGCUGCAGUAACUGAGUGAUAGCUGAUAUGCUGAAUUAUUAUGUGUCGGUAGUGAUGCGCUUACUCAAGACAGUAUUAUCGCUCCUCAUAACAAUAAUUGUU